CUUGAAGAAGGGGCGGGAGGCGGCGGCUGAGGCGCUGUCAUGGAGUUAGCGCAGCAAGCGCGGGAACUGGGCUGCUGGGCGGCGGAAGAGAUGGAGGCGCCCGUGGCCGCCCGGGCCCCGGAGUCGACGCUGCGCAGGCUGUGUCUGGGCCAGGGGGCCGAUAUCUGGGCCUACGUCUUGCGGCAUGUGCACAGCCAGAGGAAUGUCAAGAAGAUCCGGGGAAACCUGCUCUGGUAUGGCCACCAGGACAGUCCAGAGGCCCGUCGGAAGUUGAAGCUGGAAGCCGCUGUUGCCCACCUGCGGGCAGAGAUCCUGGAGUUAGACCAGAGCCUGGAGCUGAUGGAGCGAGAGACUGAGGCUCAGGACAUGACCAUGGAGCAGGCCCUACAGAGCAUGCAAGACACCCAGCGUCGUGCUCUCCUCCUCCGGGCCCAAGCUGGGGCCAUGCGAAGACAGCAGCGUGGGCUCCAAGGUCCCAUGCAGCAGCUGCAGAAUCAGCUCAAGCAUUUGCAGGACAUAGAGAGGAAGGCCAAAGUGGAUAUAAACUUUGGACCCUUGACAUCAGCAGCCCUGAGCCUGGAGCCUGUGGUCCUGGGCGAUGUCCGAACAGCCUGCAGCCUCCGGACCCAGUUCCUGCAGAAGCUCCUGAUGCCUCGGGCCAAGGGAGGCAGCAUUCCAACCCCUCGAGAUGAUCUCUUUGGAACUUCCUACCAGCAGUGGCUUAGCUCAGUGGAGACACUGCUGACAAACCACCCUCCGGGCCACAUCCUGGCUGCCUUAGAGCAUCUGGCUGCAGAGCGGGAGGCAGAGAUCCAGUCCCUGUGCACCGUGGAUGAGCUCCAAGAUACAGAGAUAGCCAGGGUCCAGGCAAGGGGACAGGUCUUCUGUCUCUGCAGCUCGGCCCCUAUUCUCAGCUCCCAGGCCCCAGACCAGCCCAACUCCAGCCAGGCCCUGCCGUCCAUGGUGCAUCUCAUCCAGGAGGGCUGGCAGUCUGUGGCUGCGCUGGUCACCCAGCGGGGCCCCCUCCUGAAGGACCAUCAAAUCCUGACCCAGCACCUCCAGGGCCUGAUGGAGGAGAUGGAGAGACGUACCGUGGGAUCCAGCGAGAGGCAGGCAUUGGUGCUGGGGCUCCGGAGCUCUGCCCUGUGGGCAGAACUCAAGGCCCUGCAUGCCAUGAGCCGGGAGCUGGAGGAGGCUGCUGGGCAGAGGCAGCUUCUGCUCCAGGAGCUACAGGCCAAACAGCAGCGGAUCCUGCACUGGCGCCAACUGGUGGCGGAGACACAGGAGCAGGUCCGCCUGCUCAUCAAGGGCAACUCAGCCAGCAAGACGAGCCUGUGCCGGAGCCCUGGGGAGGUGCUAGCUUUGGUUCGGCAAAAAGUGGUCCCCACAUCUGAGAUGGUGGCACCACAGAGCCAAGAGCUGCUUCGGUGUCUAGAGGAGGAAGCCCAGCAUCUGCCCCACCUUCUGCUGGGCACCCUGCUGCGGCACAGCCCUGGAGGGUUGCAGCCCCUCCCUACGGUCCUGCCAUCCAUCCACCAGCUGCAUCCUGCAUCCCCAAGAGGCUCCAGCCUCAUAGUGUUGAGCCACACUCUGGGGCUGCCUGCAGGGAAGGCUCCGGAGCUGCUCCUCCCGAAGGCUGCCUCUCUUCGCCAGGACCUUCUGUUCCUCCAGGACCAGCAAAGUCUCCGAUGCUGGUAUCUGCUCCACAUGAAGACCAGCCUGCCGCCAGGACCAUCCACCCAGGAGCUGCUGCAGAUCCGGGCAUCCCAGGAAAAGGAGCAGAAAGAGAACCUGGGGCGGGCUCUGAAGUGCCUGGAGCACCUGCUGAAACAAGCACUGAAGCGAAUCCCCGAGCUGCAGGGAGUUGUGGGGGACUGGUGGGAGCAGCCGGGACAAGCCGCCCUCUCCGGGGAGCUCUGCCAAGGCCUGUCGCUACCCCAGUGGCAGCUGCGCUGGAUCCAGGCCCAAGGUGCCCUGCAGCAGCUGUGCAGAUGAAGAGAUGGCUCAAAAAGAAGUCCAGAGCUUCGCAUUUGUUCACCCCAACGCUUCACUUCCCUUAAUAAGACUUUUGGAAGAAAGCAUUGCCUGGAUGCAUCAGCCCAUUGUCUCUACCCACACCUGCCGUCCCCCUUCACAGACUGUUCCGUUUUUCCUCUCAGUUGCCUUGCCACUGUCCUAUCAUCCCACUAAAGCCAAGAGAAUGGGGUACUGUGGGCCACACCCUACCUGAAACUCUCCUCGUCACUUUUACCCUCAGCAAAAAGUAAUCAAGCAAUGGCUCUAAAUACUGAGGAUCCAGCACUGAAAAAAAUGGACAGAAGUCCCAGCCUUCAGGGAGUUGUCAUUCUAGGACAGGAGAACAGACCACUGACAAAAUAAGUAAACAAAAUAUUUAGUAUGUAGAAGAACUGCUGUGGAGAAAAAGCGGUUGUAGUGGUGUGAUUUUUAAAUAGAGAGCUACACAGCAAAGGUGACAGUCUAUAAAGGUAGAGAGAGAAGGAAGCACACGGGUAUCUGAGGAAGGCUUGCAGAGGGGAAGACUACGGCACAUGCAAAGGCCCUGAGUUCAGAUGUGUUGGUGUGAGGGCUGAGGCAGUGCAGCUGCUGGAAGAGGGGAAGGUUUAAGAGAUGACAUUGCCUUCUAGUUUUAUACAAUUUCUUUUGUAAAUGUAAAUUUUAAAUCUCUGAGCCAUUUGGAAUUUAUCCAAAUGGAUUCAAUUUUGUCUUAUUGUAAAUAUAUCUCACUAGCACUUAUUAAAAUUCUCAUUCAGAGCAGUGAUUGCCUCUGAAGGAGGGCUGGGUGGCAGGGAUCAACCAAGGCGGAGACAAACUUUCUCGAGUUGGGAAUAUGUUGUACGUUGAAGGUGGUGGGGUUACACAGGUGUAUAGAUUUUUCAGAACUUAUCUAGCUGUACUGAUUAGAUCGAUGCAUUUCACUGAAUUAUCUUCAACUUAUAAAGUAAAACUUUACCUACCUAAACUUUAAAGUAGUUUUAGGUGAUUUGAGAUGCCACCUUUUCAUACACUAAAUUUCCAUGGUUAAUUUGGCUGCAUCUGUGUUCUCUCCACGUCCAUUGUCUGUCUGACUCUUUUGUGCCAUCCCCACAGUGUUUUAAUUAUAAAGGCUGUGUAAUACGUCUUAGUACCUGAGAUGGCUGAUUGCCAUAUUGCUCUUAUUUUUCAAUGUGUCCCUGUCUCUUGCUAUGUUUUUCUCUCAAAUGAAGUGAACUUUAUACCCAAUUUGCCUGGUUCCAGAAGAAAUACAAACAUAGAUGGGGGUUUUAUUGGGGUUGCAGUUAGUUUACAAAUUAGAGAUAUUUGACAUCUUUGAGAUUUUAAACCUGAUUUUCCACCUCCCUUCCCAUAACUCCUCUCUUGGCCUCCAGAGCACCCUCACUCUCCCAGUUCUCCUCCUGUCCCUGGCUACGCUUUCCCAGUCUCUACACGUUUGCCUCCCUAUGUGCCACCUUAGUGUCCCCCCUCCUCUUCAUCUCAGCUCCGAGCCACGCCCCCUACUGAACAUGAGGGUCCUUACCCCCGUCCUUGCUCAGUAUUUCUCCAUAGCACAUCUUCUGACAUACACUGUUUUACUUUAUUUAUCUUUUAUUGUCCUCAAACAAAAUGUGAGCUCCAUGAAGGUGAAUUCCUCUAUAAACUAGAAGUUGGACAAACUUUCCUAAAUAUGAUUUGAAAUCCAGAUGCAAUAAGGGGAAGUACUGACAAAAAAAAUAAAAGAAACUUUUACAUGGUUAAAAAAAAAAAGCAAAGUAAGAAGAAAUGACAAAUUGGGGGGAAAUGUUCGCAGUUUAUAACAUAAAAGGUGUGUGUGUGUAGUGUCAAAGUGGAAAAGAAAUAUUCCAAGUCCAUGGAAAAAUGGGCAAAAUAUAUGAAUGGACAGUUCUCAGAAACUAUGUUCAAACUCUGUAAGAGAAAAGCAAAUUAAAACCCCACUUUGAUACAUUUCUCACCUACUAGACUUGGAAAAAGGAAACCUGUAAUUUUGGCAGCUCCCUCUGUUGGUAAGGCUAUGGGAAACAGCACUCUGAUACAUCAGUGGAUGUGCAAUAUGGACUAUCUGUGGGAUGAUCUCCAGCAAAACUCUAUAAGCAUUUAUUGGACUUCCCUGGUGGCGCAGUGGUUAAGAAUCCGCCUGCCAAUGUGGGGGACAUGGGUUCGAGCCCUGGUCCAGGAAGAUCCCACAUGGCACGGAGCAACUAAGCAACUAAGCCUCAACUACUGAGCCUGCUCUCUAGAGUCUGUGAGCCACAACUACUGAAGCCUACGCGCUUAGAGCCCGUUCUCCGCAACAAGAGACGCCACUGCAAUGAGAAGCCCGCGCACUGCAACGAAUAGUCCCCGCUCGCUGCAACUAGAGAAAGCCCGCACGCAGCAACGAAGACCCAA